GGUUCAUUUAAGAUUUAACCAGCUGGUCUAGUUUCACCUCUUGUCCGCCUCUUUACUUUCCUAUAGGAUUGAAUCUCUCUAAGUCCUCAGACCACAGCCUAUGCAAACCACAGCCCAUGAAAACGACCAUGUACUCGGCUACUGUAAAACAGGAGGCAACCUUGCCCGAUCAACCCCUCGAGUCUAACUUUGCGCUAUCAGAAUCCGAAAUAAUUUACCUAUCUCUCGGCGAGGAAUAUACUCUCACAGUGCCGCAGAAUCUUCUCCUUUCGUCCUCCGAGUUCUCCAAAAAGGCCACAGAAUCCGAAUGGGCCUCAUCUUCUCCAGAUCCCGAUACCAUUAUCCUAAGCGAUGACUUCCUCCCCAUCGUCGAAACAUAAAUCUACUGGCUGCCCCAGUCCCGCACCACCCUCUAAUGCCACCAAGCCCCUACAACCAAAGUCGACAUGGUCUUCCCAGCCACACUCUACGUCGUUGGUGAAAGAUUCUUGAUACUGCUU